AUGGUAAGCGUCAAGGUAGAGUUUUUAGGAGGUCUUGAUGUUAUCUUUGGUAAGCAAAGAACCCACAAACUAAAUGUUCCAAGCAAUAGCGGAGAAGAAGUAACAGUUGGGACACUCAUCGACUACAUAGUUGAAAAAAUGAUCAAAAACGCUGGAGACAAGUGUGUAUUCAUCGAAAAUGAUAGCGUGAGACCUGGAAUCCUUACUCUUAUAAAUGACACUGAUUGGGAGCUAGAAGGCGAAAAGGAAUAUGUUUUAGAAGAUGGCGACAUCGUAUCUUUCACUUCAACGCUUCAUGGAGGUUAA